UCUCUCUCUCUCUCUCUCUCUCUCUCUCUCUCUCUCUGCCAGCCUCACAAUCACACACAUAACACACACACACACACACUCUGUUCCCACGACUCCCUUCUCAUACUCCAGAUGAGCGUGCGUCCUCGUCAGGGCGAGCAGAUUUGGAGCUGAAGGUGUGCCGUUGUUGCCAGUGAGCUGCCAUUUUGGAAAGGAGGACUGGAAGAAACCCCUCUACGUGAAGAUACUAUCUGAAGUUCCUGCUGGUGAGCAAGGCGGCAGCAUUUUAAAGAGACACUGCAGUGGGCAUUGUUGAGUUAAGGUGCCACACCGAGCUCCCUCAGCGAAAGCAGAACUUAUCUGAAACCCUUCCUGGGAUUGUGAAGAGGACCCAGGAAAGAGAGCACGUGCUGCCAGCAUCUGCCUGGCUGCCCAGCAUCGCCACGAUGAAUGAGAGUCGAAGGGAAGCGCUGGCGGCGGCGGCGCCCGUGCCCACCACCGCCUCCUCCUCCACGGCUGGCUCCAACACCACCAACAUGGCCGGCCCGGGCACUGGCGAGAAGGACGAGGCCUUUUCCAAGCUGAAGGACAAGUUCAUGAAUGAGCUGAACAAAAUCCCUUUGCCAUCAUGGGCCAUCGUCUCUAUUGCCUUUGUGGCGAUCAUCCUGGUGUUAGCGUGCUGCUUCUGCAUCUGCAAAAAAUGGAUAUUCAAGAAGAAAAACAAAAAGAAGGGCAAAGACAAGGGCAAAAAUGCCAUCAACAUGAAGGACGUCAAGGAUGGAGCCAAAACCGAGGCCUUGAAGGAUGAGGAGGAUGCGGAGACAGGGCUGACUGAAACGGAGAAAGAGGCCGAGCCCAAGGAGGACCAGAAACUGGGCAAAUUACAAUACUCCCUGGAUUACAAUUUCACAGAGAAUACGCUCAUAGUGGGGAUUAUCCAGGCAGCAGAGCUGCCUGCCAUGGACAUGGGUGGCACAUCUGACCCGUACGUAAAGGUCUACCUGCUGCCUGACAAGAAGAAGAAGUUUGAGACCAAGGUCCACAGGAAGACCCUCAAUCCUGUCUUCAAUGAGCAGUUCACCUUCAAGGUCCCCUAUGUAGAGCUCGGCGGGAAGACGCUGGUGAUGACGGUGUACGACUUUGACCGCUUUUCCAAACACGAUGCCAUUGGCGACAUCAAGGUGCCCAUGAAUAAGGUGGACUUCAGCCACAUAACAGAGGAGUGGCGGGAUCUGCAGAGUGCUGAGAAGGAGGAGCAAGAGAAGCUGGGCGAUAUCUGCUUCUCCCUGCGAUACGUCCCCACUGCUGGCAAGCUGACCGUGGUCAUCCUCGAGGCCAAAAACCUGAAGAAAAUGGAUGUGGGAGGCUUGUCAGAUCCAUAUGUGAAGAUCCACCUGAUGCAAAACGGCAAGAGGCUGAAGAAGAAGAAGACGACAAUCAAGAAGAACACCCUCAACCCUUACUACAACGAGUCCUUUAGCUUUGAAGUCCCAUUUGAACAAAUCCAGAAAGUGCAAAUUGUUAUAACUGUUCUGGACUAUGACAAGAUCGGCAAGAAUGAUGCCAUCGGCAAGGUCUUUGUGGGCCUCAACAGCUCGGGAACGGAGCUGCGCCACUGGUCUGACAUGCUGGCCAACCCUAGGAGACCCAUUGCUCAGUGGCACGUGCUGAAGCCUGAGGAGGAGGUGGACGCUCAGCUCUCCACCAAGAAAUAGGCAGGGCCCUUUCAGCACCUGCCUUGUAGUACUCUUUAGCCAGUAUGUGUAAAUACCUCAGUGAUAUAUGGGUCCAUCCAUGUAAUCCCUUCUCUUUAACCCGCCUCUCAGCCUCUCCCAGCUUUACUGCUCCUUAUUUCACACACAAUCCUAAUUGUUGAAACUCCCUGCGACAUCCUGUCCUCUGCUUUUUUUCUAUCAGGUUCUUACUUUUCUCGCUUUUCUUUUGGCUCCAUUAUAUUCAGCAGUUUUUGUUUUCCAUCUCCAAGCCCUUAAAUGCCCUGACCAAAUGCCCCCUUCUUUUAAGCAAUAUGAUCUGUAUAGAUAGCGCAUGACUGAAAGAAUUUAUUGUACCACAGUUGUAUAUAUAAGUAUGCAGACAAAAAUGAUUUCUAGUUUAUGUGUUUGUAUGUUGUUACCCGUUUCCUAAUCUGUGUAUAUCUUGAUGUUUUUAAUAAGAUGUUCUAUUUUAAAUUAUGUAAAUGCAGAUAUAGAGGAAAGCCAAUAUAAUAUAUCCCAGGAUUUAAAAAUUCUACCUUAUUACCUUAUUGCAUUCCAGAAAAAAACGAAUUCCAACCCUCAAGACGCUAGUGGAAAUAUAUUCACAUUGUAAAGGACAAUGUCUGGCUUUAAGUUCAGCAAAGGAUCAUCACAGAAAAGAUAAACAGAUGAAUAUAUACACACAAAAUUCCAAAAUACAAGGCCAUUAACUACUAUGGUUCUGUGGGAAAAAAUUAUGCUGCUGGAAAUUAUACAAGCACAUGAUUUCUUACAACUUUUUGUACUUAUUUCUCAAUCAGAGGACCUAUGUGUUUAGCUUGAUGCACACUGUUACCAGAAACAAUAGUCAAUACAAACCAGUUAGCAUUUCAUUUCCUCCAUAUUUGGCAGUUUCCUCUAAGUGAAAUAGGUCCUCGUUUUAAAGGCCAUCGUUCACUUCUACAGGCUCAUUUUCUUUUUGCAAAAAAAGAAAAAAAAGACUCAUUUCUUAACCCUUCAGAAACAGACCCCCAUGUGAAAAAGCACCAAGCUGUAGCCAUUGUGUCCUUAAGCUCGUUUAACAAUAUUUUUGUUAACCGCUUACUUUAAACAGCCUUGUCGUUGUUGAAAGUAUAUCGCAUUUAGGCCAGGGUCCGAUCUUUUGAGACGGAGUUUGAAAAAAAGAGUCGUGACUCUGGUUUUAAGAGGACUAUUUUUUAGAGCAAUUCAACGUCUUGACUAUUUUUCGUAAACUGCAUGAUUUUUUUUACAAUCUUUACUAAAGGCUGGGACGGGGGGAGAUCUACUGACACCAGGGGAAGCUCUUCUGAUACGAUCCCCUUGCCUUCAAUCAGAGGAGAGGAAAAAAAAAGUUUCAACUUUGGGUCAAUGUAAUAUUGACAGAGGUGAAGCGAGUUUCUAAACACUGCCAUUUUCAGGGAGGUGACUUAUGUAGAGAUCCUCUCUUCAUGCACACUCCCACUUGCUAGUGGUUGUAGCUUUGGUUUAUUGGGAACAAUGUCUUUGGCUGCAAUGGUGCCCUGAAUCGCAGUCUUUGCUUUGCGUUGCCUUCUCACAGUGACAAUAGAGCUAGCCAUGUUUUACUGCCAGUUUUAACUUUUAUGUGGCUGCUGUUUUGCACUGGAUGUCUUUGAACUAGCUUGCUGACUUCUUUAAAAACCAUGUUUUUGGACGAUCGUUGGCUGGCUUUAUUUCAGGACACCUGCAGGGGGAGCCAGAAAUCCUCCUGCUCCUGCCUGAUCGGCUUAAUUAAAAAAGAAGAAAGCAAUGAUGACAAAUCGUGUCUCAGCCAACAGCAGUUACAUCAGUUUUGUUUUCUUGUUGGCACAGGACUACACCAAGAGUAUGCGAAAUAACCGUAAAAGUUAAUGGUCUGUGUAGGCUAUUAUUCCAUCAUGUCCUUUACUACGGGUCCAAUUAGGAAAGGAAUAAGUUUUAAUCCAUGAAGUCCAUGAAGUCUCUUAUCUUGGAGGAACCUCUUGCAUAUACUCGAUGCUAGCUUCAGGAGGACUUUCUAAAUGUUUUCAAUGUUAUUGUGUAGUUGAUAGCACUAUUAUGAAAAAGCUACUUGUCAUUCCAUAGGAGUCUCUGAGGACUGCUUUGUGUAUCACUGUGACUGCCGUGUGUGCUUAGAGAUGUAGACUUAUCAAUAGGUAGCGAAACCAGUUUGUUCUGUAGUGAUGUCGUAGCGUUUAAUGCCAUUUUCCCUUCUACACGCAGAGAAAGAAAGAGAGAGUGAGAGAGCGCGUGGCGUCGCCCGACUGCACGCGGCCAAAAGAAAAACACACACACACACACACACACAAAAUGGCGGGAAGAGCGCGAGCGGGUUCGCUUCACACAGCAUUUUGUUGAGCACUGUGCAAUACUUGUAUGUUCAUCCCAUAGUGUUAACGUGGGUGGCGUUGCCCAAGAAAAAAAAGAUUCUAACCCUAGAGGAUGAUUCCAGUCCAGAGAGAUGUUUUCUCCUUUCCAGUGAAAUGGUUAGGACACAGCACACGUAGAUUCAGCUUAUAGGUUGGAGCUUGACACCUUUUGACCUCUGUUUAGGGUUCCCUCCCUUUUCGCAGGUUUGUUUUUUCUCUUCUUGCACACAGUUCCAGCAUCAGAAGUUUCAGGGAGUAUUAGUUAAAUACCAAACGAGAUUCCACAUUUAAAUAUUACCCCUUAAAAUGCCAUGUAUAUAUUUACAUAAUCGUGUCAAAAUGUAUAUCUAGAAUAAAUAUAAAGUGACAUGAAUAUGAUUAUUCAGCCGCAGAUAUCAUUCUAUCAUCCAUAUACUAUACAUCAUCAUCAUUAUUUCAUUUUUCAUCAUGAUUUUUUUUAAUUUGUUGAACUGCCCUAUUGAUUCAAAAACCCCUUUUAUAUUUGAGAUGAAAACACUGAAUGUACAGUAUGGACUGUGUUGGUGUAGAUUACUUUAACCGUGAGAUUAGAUGUACUUUGCACUUUUUGUUGUAAAAACAAAAACAAUUGUAAUUUUGUUUCUAUUUUUUCAACUAUUAUGAAUUUAUUUCAUAACCCUUUGAGGUAAAACCUCCCCUGUCUGAUAGCAUUCAAAAACCAUUGAAUAUACUUUAAUACAGCUGCAUUUCCAGUCCCUCUCUGACAGAGGGAUUCUUUUAUUUGACAUGUUUUACAUAUGUAGAUUCAUGAAUUCCAGUACAGCUUCAGAUCUAAAUGAAAAAAAUGGAUUAAAGAACAAGGUAAAGGCUCUGCAAAAAUGGCUUGAGCAAUUCAAUAUGAAUACUAAUGCAAAAAAAUAAAUAAAUAAAAUAAACAGUUGUACUAACGGAAUUAUCCGCUCAAAGCUGAAAGAAAAUCAAACAGAAUUGUGACAGACCUAACACGUGUUUAAACGUAUCAGGGAAUUCAGUAACGGGCAGCAUUGCAGAAACCAUCAGAUUGCGAGGUGUGUGGAGAAAAACUCAAAAAGUAAAAGCCAUUACCUACGCAAUGCUCCUCUUACAACGAUUUCCUACCAAAGCGUGCAUGCAUAAUCAAAUCUCCAAAUUCUUCUCUUGUGAAAAAAAAUACCUUAUCAAGCUCUCUGUGUGACAAGGAACUCAAGAUUUCUCUCCAGUGACACCGACAAAAAGCCACACUGACCUUUCAAAAACAAAGCUGUGUAAAGUAUUAGAAUCUGAUGCUGUAGAAAGAUCCUAGUUGCCUUUGUGUAUAUCAACUGCCUGCUUGAGUAUUUUGUGUGUGGAAAUUUUCUCUGUAAUCUUGUAGAACUGUUUGGGGUGUUUUUUCCUGCCAUAUCGCUCGCGGUGAAGGCGAGCCGCUGACAGUUAUAUUUGCUGUGUAUACCUUCAUUUUUGACGAGGUGUUUUACAGUUUUGUUUCACUUUGUGUAGUGAUUCACUCUGUGGAGUUUUCUGACUGUUGUUAUAUAACUUCAUAUACACAAAGAUCAAUAAAAAUGUUUUAUUUCCUGUUGAUACAGAA